UCUCUCUGUAGGUGAAGCCGUGACGCGUCGGAUCGCCGUGAACGCUCCGGAUCGCGGAGCGUCACGUGUCUCGGUGGACACCGGAGGAGCUCAAAGUUCCCGACGUUCCAGAUGGGAAGAGCAGGAAUGCUUUCAGAAUCAGAGGGACUGAAGGACAUCACCUGAGACCGAUGUUAUUUACACACGCGCGCGCUUCACGGCAGACGCACGCGGCGCUGCAGGAUGCAUGCAUGCGGGAAUUUAACGUUUCCAGUGUUGUUGCAAUGCGGCGGGGAGGAAUCUGAUGAGAGCAGGGAUCUGGGACAGUGAAGGCUGGGAUUCUGCGCUGCUGUAUCUGGAUCCAGACCUCUGAUCGCGCUCUCUCCGGUUGCGCAUUACGAUCCGUCCAUCAGUGCUCGCUAAAGCCCCGACAUGACCAGCGCGGAUCAGGAGCAGCAUCAGGACCGCACCAUGACGACGGUCUCCAAGAAAUCCAUCAUCGCCAAGAUGUUCAAAGUGCGCAAGAGGAGGGAGAUGCUGCUGGCGCAGGUGUGUUUGGUCUGCAGUGUUCUGUUCGUGGCGUGGGGCAUGUCGACCAUCCUGACCAGGACAGGUCAUGGCAUGAUUGUGGAGGAGUCGCAUAUGGAAUCACAUGACCACUGGGGGCGACGGCUGAUGUCAUCAACACAUGAUAAUGUGACGGAGGAGAAAAACUGCACGGAGCCAGCCAUCCGUGAAUUUCCAGAUGAUGUUUUCACCAAUGCCGAACGGAAGAGCGGAGCUGUACUGCUACAUAUUAUAGCGGCUCUCUACAUGUUCCUGGCCCUGGCGAUUGUGUGCGACGACUACUUUGUGAUGUCUCUUGAGAAAAUCUGUGAGAAGCUGAAUCUGAGCGAGGAUGUGGCUGGUGCCACGUUCAUGGCGGCGGGGAGCUCAGCGCCCGAACUCUUCGCAUCUGUUAUAGGUGUCUUCAUCACUCACGGUGAUGUUGGAGUUGGAACUAUCGUCGGUUCUGCCGUCUUCAAUAUCCUCUGCAUCAUAGGAGUUUGUGGGAUCUUUGCCGGGCAGGUGGUCUUACUGACCUGGUGGGCUGUUUUCCGUGAUUCUUUCUUCUACAUAUUGUCUGUAGUUGCUCUAAUUGUGUUCAUCUAUGAUGGAAAGAUUGUGUGGUGGGAGAGUCUGGUGCUGGUGCUCAUGUACGCUGUAUAUAUCAUCAUCAUGAAAUUUAAUUCCAGCUUGCAGAAGUUUUUCACAAGACGGAGCGACAAGAAUGUUGCCAAUGGAAACGCGGCGGCCGGCAGUGAACUGGAGGAUGGUAAAGACCGUUUAGACUGUAAAUGGGACGAUCCGUCUCUACCGCUGCUGGGUCCAGUCAAGUCCAGUAAGGUGUACAGUCGAGGUUCGGUGGUAAUGGUUGAUGAAAUCAUCAACGCCAGCCCUCCGAAUUACCGUUUCCCUGAAGCGGGUCUCCGUGUCAUGGUCACGAACCACUUUGGACCCAAGACUCGUCUGCGCAUGGCCAGUCGCCUCAUUAUAACCGAGCGUCAGAGGUUGGUCCAGUCAGCCAAUGGGGUGGAGACGGCUGUGGUGGACGGGAAGCCAGACAUCGAGAAUGGAAACUUGCCAGAAGACAAAACCAAUGAGGAGAAAGAGAGUGAACUCACCUCACCAUUCAGAGUACCAGGCGGCUGUGUGAACAGGACUAAAUGGCUGAUCUCUUGGCCGUUAUUGUUGAUCCUGUUCUUCACCAUCCCAAACUGUGCAAAGUCUCGCUGGGAGAAGUUCUUCAUGCUCUCAUUCAUCCUCUCCACCGUCUGGAUUGCCGUCUUUUCCUACUUUAUGGUGUGGAUGGUGACGGUCAUCGGAUACACACUCGGCAUUCCUGAUGUCAUCAUGGGCAUCACGUUCCUGGCCGCGGGCACGAGCGUCCCGGAUUGUAUCGCCAGUCUGAUCGUGGCUCGUCAAGGUCUGGGAGACAUGGCCGUGUCCAACACCAUCGGCAGCAACGUGUUUGACAUUCUGGUGGGGCUCGGCGUUCCCUGGGCGCUGCAGACCAUGGCAGUCAGUUAUGGAUCAGUUGUGAUGAUAAACAGUCGGGGGCUCGUGUACUCAGUGGUGCUUCUGCUGGGCUCUGUCGCUCUCACCAUUCUUGGGAUCCACCUGAACGGGUGGAAGUUGGACUUUAAGCUGGGUGUUUAUGUGCUGGUGCUGUACGCCAUCUUCCUCUGUUUCUCCAUCAUGAUCGAAUACAACGUCUUCACCUUCGUCAAUAUUCCCAUGUGUCGGGAAGACUAGAACCUCAUCAACUGCUCCAUAUCCCAGAAUGCACCAUCCUGAUGUCAUGAUCAUCCCGAGUUUCUCUGUUCUUGCACUCCAGAACCACCAUCACCUCAGAUCGGACGAAUGUUAGUCUUCAUCAGGACUAACGCUUGAUUUCACUGUGGCCCGAGAAGAUCUUCCAGUCAAGCUCAUUUUCCUGACCUCUAACCCCAAAUUUCCACCCAGAAAGAGGAACUUCUCCUUGGCAGCUCUUCUCUUCCAGUUGAGAUCUUUGAUAUCACAAAAUGCAUUGCGUGCCCGCCAAAUAUGGAUUGCACCAGGAGCGUAUGGACGUUUUCUACACGCCUGUUUUUCUGUUUCUUUUUCUUUGUUAAAAAAUGUCUUUUUGUAAGCGUGUCUCAAAUGUCCUCCGAGUCAAAUCUCUUCAUUGCUCAUAGAAAUGUAAAUUUUUUUGCAACAUAUUUCUUUUUUUAGCCUAAAAGGAAGCAAAAUUUUUAGAAAUGCAAGAGAAAUGAAAGUAUUGCACAUAAUGUAUUAUCACUGUAUCAUACAGGGUUUGUUUUUAGCGUGUCCUAAUCAGGUACAAUCGUCCAAAGAAUGUUUGUGUGAACCAGUCAUGACAAAUUAUCAUGCUGGGUGGCUCCGCCCACAGUGAAAUCUCAUUGGUCCAAAAUAUCUGCAUACUUUCAUUGCAGACAGACUAAUUAUAUAUAAUUGGAAAUGUGUCGUGACUCAUGCCUGAUCAGGACAUCAUUUUCUUUUCUUAUCAGUAUUUGUGGUCUUGUUUUCCAGUAGAAAUAUCUAAACAUCCUUAAAACAAGAUACAUUUUCAUUUUGAGUUAAAGGGUUAGUUAUAUAUAUAUUUAUGAACUUUAUGUUAGACGCGAUUAAUCAUGAUUAAUCGAUUUGACAGCACUAAAUAAGAUUAAAAAUAGUAAAUAGCUUAAAUUCAAAUACUCAAUGAUAUUAAGACUGAGUCAAGAGUUUUCAAAGUUUUCUUAUUUUCUUUCUUUCUUAAUUUUCCAAUGAUAAUUCAUGAUAAGUAAAUGUAUCCUGUUUUAAGGAUAUUUAGAUUUUUUUUUAGGAAAACCGCACAUAAAUACUGAUAAUGAAUGAUUUUGUUUUGCAGAGUAUUUGUGUAAGUUAUUUAUUUUUUUUUUUUUACAAAAUGUUCUUGUUUCAUCAUCUUAGGAGGUUUUGAUGUAGCCUCUUUGAGGGCUCUGUGAAUAUAAACUUGCCUAUGAAGAGAUUUAAUAAUCAUAUUCAUUUAUAAGUGAGCAUCUACCAUGUGGUUUCUGGUGGUUUAGAGCCGGUCUUGACCUCAGCGGGAUGCUCAUGAGAUUCAAUCCACUAACGCUGUGUCUACACUGUUGCUUCCAGACGCGGUGUUAGAGGGAGCUCAAUCAUUGUGAAAUGGAGAAAUUAGCACUUUAAAGCAAGCGAGCGGUUCGGUCGGUCAGACGUGUGUGUUUAUGUGUGUAUUUGUGUGUAUCAGGGGAAACAUCUUCAUGACAGUCUUUCACCUGACCAAUCUGUGCUCUGCAUGAUGUUCUUCCUCAGUAUUUUUGUCUUGUUUUCAAGUACAAAUAUCUAAACGUUCUUAAAUCAAGAUACAUUCACUUGAGAAGCAAAAUAAUUUAAGAAACUGAGUCGUUUUUUGGAAUAAAAGGGAAAACAGGAUUAUUUUUUGACCCCACUGGUUGGUAUUUUUUCUUGUUGUAAGCAAAAACUCACUUCAUUUUCAUACACAUUUCACAAAACAAGACUUAAAGUUAUUUUGCUUCUCAAGUAAAUGUAUCUUGAAUUUUUCAACAUCACUGUCAAGUUGUUUUAAGCAUUCUGAGUAAAUUUAGUUCGAUUUAUGCCUAAAAAUAGAAGAAAAAUACUCAGAAAUGCAAGGGAAAAUUAAAGUAUUGCACAUCCUCCAUUGUUAUUGUAAUGAGGAAUAAAAUAUAAAAGAUAUAUAUUUCUUGUUUUAGGUGCAUUUCUAAAUAUUUGUCUCCUUUUUUAAGUGUAAAUCAAACUAAAUUUAGUCAGGUUUAUGAUUAAAACAAUUUGCCAAUGAUUUAUCUUGAUUUAGGAAUUUUCCUACAUCAUUGGCAAAUUGUUUUAAGCAUAAACUCACUUCAUUUUGACACAUUUUUCCGAAAUCAAGACUUGAUAUCUUAAGCAAUUUUGCUUCUCAAGUAAAUGUAUCUUGAUUUAGGAAUUUUUCUUCAUCACUGGCAAAUUGUUUUAAGCAUUUUGAGUAAAUUUAGUUCAAUUUAUGCUUAAAAAAGAAGAUAAAUAUUUAGAAAUGUAAUGAGAAAUUAAAGUAUUACAUAUCCUCAAUUUUUUAUUGUAUAAUAAGAGUAAAAAAAAGAGAGAUUUUUUUCUUGUUUUAAGUAAAAAUUGACUUCAUUUUGAUAUAAUGCUUAAAACAAGAAAAGAAAUCUUAAUAUGUUGUCAUUUUCCUUCUCAAGUAAAUGUAGGAAAAUUCUUAAAUGAAGAUACAUUUAUUUGAGAAGCACAAUUAUUUAAGAUAUUAAGUUGUUUUCUAUAAAUGUGUCAAAAUUAAGUGUUUUUGCUUAAAAAAAAUGUUUUAUAUUUUGAUGAUGAUGUGCAAUACUUCUCAGUUUCUCUUGCAUUUCUAAAUAUUUUUCUUCUUUUUUAAGUGUAAAUUGAACUAAAUUUAGUCAGGUUUAUGCUUGAAACAAUUAGCCAAUGAUUUAUCUUGAUUUAAGUAUUUACCUACAUAAACUGACUUCAUUUUGACACAUUUUUCAGAACAGAAGACUUAAUAUCUGAAGUCAAUUUGCUUCUCAAGUGAAUGUGUCUUGAUUUAAGAAUAUUUAGAUAACUGUACUAGAAAACAAGACAAAUCUACUGAGGAAGAACAUCAUUUUUUGCAGCAUGGGUACAGCCACCAACAGCACACGUCUGCGUCUGCAAUGCAUUGUGGGACGUUCCACCGAGGUGAUCUCCGGACAGUCGUCUCCAUGGCAACCACGGCCCUUGCCCAGUUCCGACCUGGCAGCUACAGAACCAAACCUCCGCGGAGACGUUUUCCCGUCACGUGGGCCGAAACGUGGCACAGCUGCUUUUGUGGGGUUAUGCAAUAUGAGCACUGCUGUUUCUUUGCGGAUCAUUCCGGAUGUCAGAGGGGAACAAUAAGCGUUUAUUUUAUGAAUGUUGGGAGUGAAAGAGCAAUAGGAUUCGUUGUGGACACUAUGCAGGGAGGAUAUGGCUUUAACUUCCUCCUCACAGGGCAGUUCAGGACUCAUGAGCCGCCUUGAACUUCUGAGUGGAAGAUGACUUUGAAUGAGAAAGGAUGUAGACCAUGAAGGUGUUUUUGAGAUGAUUUUGAUGUCUUGUGCAUCCUCCAAACUCACUUCCCUCGCAACUUCACCCAGAGACAAUUAGUUCCUCUUGACUUUUCUUACAUGUAUAUGCAUUUCUGUCUGACAAAGGAACAUAUAAAGAACAAAACUGAGCAUAGAUGAAUAUUCUCUAGUGCCAUUUUGUAAUAAAAGGGGUUAAAUCUAACAAAAACGUCCAUAUUUCACCCCAGGACAACGUUAUAUUUUGCACAUGAAUUUGUUUUUGUACCAUUGUUUUUUUUCAUUGUGACACUGAUUUCAUGAAAAUUAAGCACAUUUUCCUCUCAAACUCUCAAAGCUUGGAUGUUUUUUUUACGGUUUUGUAAUUUUCUCUUAAAAAAUACAUUAAAUAAAUACUGUAAUACAAUAUUUUAUUCUCAUUUAAGGCAGUAUGACAGUACCAUGAUGUAUACAAUCUACAUAAUAUGUCAGAAUUUAUGUAAAAAAUAUAUUUUUAUUUUGUUGCAUUGCAAUAAUAAGCAAAAUAUUUAUUAUCAUUAUUUAUUUGUUUACUAGUUGGUUGCAUUACAUAAUGAUAAUUUGUGGGAAAUUUGUGUUUGUAAUUGUCAUGAAAAUAAUGUUUCAGUGCAAAAAAACAAUUCUUGGUCCUAAAUAUAGACUUUGUUUUCUUUAUGCAAAAUAUAACAUCUUUAUUUGUGUCAUUUUGGGGUGAAUUUUGACCUGGACAUUUUCUGGACUUACCCUGGAAACGCACAUAUUGAUAAUGCAGAAUUUUACAGCUGUUGCAACUAAUUUGUUCUUUAGAUAAAGAUUAUUUGUACAUAUGUUUGACCAAUGACUGAUUUUCCAUCAGUUGAACUGAUGGGGUCUUCAUUUGAGACUUUGGGUUUUUGUUGUAUAUACACACACACACACACACUCUCUCUCUCUGUCAGCCAACACAAUGAAUUAUGUAUGAAAUAUCUGUUUAUGAAGUCACUUUUUUAACAAGUAGAAUUCAGAUGGCAUAAUUGUUGUACCUCUACAUAUUGUUGAUUGUAUGGGAACUUACAAAAAUAAGUGCACACUCAUUCAAUACGUGUAUGAACUGCGACCCCAUGCACUGUGAACUCAACGUGAUGUGGGAUUCAUGCCAAUAAUAAUGAUAAUAAUAAUAAAUGUAUGAUGAUCAAAAUAUAAAUAUAUCUAUUUCAUGUCAAGUUAGUUACUAUGAACCAUAACUGAAUACAUCUGUAAAACGUAUAUGAAUGUAUUGUCAUGCUUUAAUGGACAUACAGUAUCCAAACAAUGCAUUUUACUGUAAAGCAAUAACAUGAAAAAAAAAUAUAGAAAUAUAUAUAUAUAUAUAUAUAUAUAUGUGAAAAGAAUUAUUCCUGUACAUUUGUCAUAUCUUUGAGAAGGAAUGUUUAAAAUGUCACAAAUUAAAUGAUGCCAUUUA